CAGUAAGAGAAAUCUGCAACAUCAGUCAGUCAAUGUUCGGAUCAGCACCCUGCGUACUGGAUACAAGACACGACAUUAAUUACGUCUAGGAGGGCUGUGUCUGGUAAGCGUUACAGGGGGAGUGGCUGACCUUCAUGCUGAGAGGUAACGGAGGAGAAGACCCAUGGAUGAUGGUCAGUGUGAGAGGGAGGGGCCAGUGUUGUCUGAGUAUCAGGAGGGUGGGGUCGACCUCCACUGCAACCAAUCAGACCCCUCGGAACCAAAUCGGAACCUAAACCAGAACCGGACACCGACUCAACUAGAUGAUGGUCAGAGGGUUGGACGAGACUUCAUCCAACAGAAGUCUUUAAACAACAAUGUGGAGGAUGAGGAGGAGGAAGGUAGAACGGUAAAGGGAGAGGAAGAUGGGGAUGAGGAUGAUGUGAUUGUGGAAGAAGAGGAGGAGGUCAGCAGCGUGACUCGCGGCCAAUCACACGACACUCCUAUGACUGACUGUUCCUUCUCGGACACAGACAGUCCGGUAGAGCUCCGGCCCUCUGUGUCUUCAGAGACUACAGAUCCCAUCAGCUCCCAAGCAACAAGUCCAGACGAAUCCUGCUACAGUGACCCUGCGGGCGAGACACACACCCCCACCACAGGACCCACUACUUCCAGUUCAGAACCUACCACCUCCACCACAAGCCCUACCUCCACCACAGGACCUACCACCUCCACCACAGGCCCCACCUGCACCACAGGACCUACCACCUGCACCACAGGACCUACCACCUGCACCACAGGACCUACCACCUCCACCACAGGCCCCACCUGCACCACAGGCCCCACCACCUCCACCACAGGCCCCACCACCUCCACCACAGGCCCUACCACCUGCACCACAGGACCCACCAUUUCCACCACAGGCCCAACCACCUCCACCACAGGCCCCACUUGCACCACAGGCCCCACCUGCACCACAGGCCCCACCUGCACCACAGAAACCACCAUUUCUACCACAGGACCUACCACCUCCACGGCAGAGCCUAUCCCUAGUCUUGCCCUCCUGGCCACCUUAAAGGAGUUAGGGGAACGGGGAGAUCACUCCCACCUGCCUCAGUACCUCCAUCAGGUAGCCGAGGCCUUUGUCCUCCAGGAAGAUUAUGAGCGAGCAGUGUGGUGUGUUCAGCUAGAGAGACUCUACCACCAGAGACUACUAAACAACCUGACAACACUGCAGGAACAGUGGGAGAGGCGGUGUGGGGCAGACGGCCGGGGAGAGAGGAACAGUGACACUGACCUGACUGCACAGCAGCUGGACAUACUCACACACAUCUGCAAAACACACCAACGACCCAGUCCUGGAGAAGAGAAGACUGUGGACUCUGUGCUGGAGAGCCCUGUUCGUGGUGAGGACAGACUGCCUGCAUGCCGCUCAGUUCGGUUAUUUGAGUGUUUGUUGGGGAUGGAGGAGGACCAGAGAGGAACAGACUCCACCCUCUCCCAGAGCAUCAACCCAAUCAAAUCAGCCGGAGCCCUGAAGGACAGCCUCAGCUCCAAUGACUGUGCAGCUCUGGGUGUGGCACAGGACUGCAGAAACUCCCAGGGGAUUGGGAGGGCUGAGUUCACAGAUUCUUGGAGCGAAGGAACGGGUCAGCAGACGGAGAGUGAGAUGGAACACACCACUCAGGAGGGUUGCACUACGCCGGACCGCCCUAUGGAUGGGGAAAUGAGCCAACCCAAGCAUGAGGAGCAGCAGGGAGGAGAGGAAAAACAGGAGGAGGUGGAAGAGGCAGAGGAGGCCUUGGCAUUAGAGGAAGAGGAGAAAGAGGCGAAGAGAGAUGGUGUUCAUUGUUUAAAAGCUCCUCUAGAGGAGAUCUCAGCCUUACCAGUGAAGGAGCAGCUCACACUGGAGGAGGCCCAGCUGCGCGAGGAGGCCCAGCUGCGCGAGGAGGCCCAGCUGCGCGAGGAGGCCCAGCUGCGCGAGGAGGCCCAGCUGCGCGAGGAGGCCCAGCUGCGCGAGGAGGCCCAGCUGCGCGAGGAGGCCCAGCUGCGCGAGGAGGCCCAGCUGCGCGAGGAGGAGUAUGAUAUGUUUGGAGUGGACAUGGUGGAGACUAUCAGAGACCGGGUGGCUUCUCUGGACGACCUGGCCAAACGCAUCACAGUGGAGGAGAUGACCCCUGUCCCUGGCCUUGUGUCCAUCCUGAAGAGGAGGAGUGUGUGUGUGGAGGAUGUGUGUGUGGCUCCCUUCUCGGCCCCACUCAAACACAAACACCCUGCUAAACGCAGGGUCCGCUUCAAAGUACCUGAUGACGGCUUUGACCACGACGAGGUGGGCGGAGACUCCUGCCUGCUCCUCUUCUUGCUUUGCCUGGUCACCGUGGUGAUCAGCCUGGGAGGCACCGCCCUCUACUGUGCCCUGGGCGACGCCCAGUCCACUGUCUGCACCGACUUCUCCCGUAACGCUGACUUCUACCUCGCACAGCUGCAUCGUGGGAUGGAUCAGCUCCAAAACUGGCUAACCCCCGCGUCUUAGCUGACCCCCAAGAGGAGAAGAGAGGGGGAGGAGAAGAGAAAUGUGGGGAGGGAAGGAAAGGAGAGGGGGAGAAGAAGGGGACAGAGGAGGAAAACUCCCUCGUUUUGCAGAGUGGAUACUCGCCUCUCUUUAUGUCCUGCCCUGUUUUAAUCUCUCUCUCUGUGUCAGUCUUUCUGUCUUUACUGGCUGGCCAGUUAAAGUGUGUUUAUGUGUGGCGGGAGAGAGAGAGUGAUUGAACGAUGUGUGUGUCUUUGUGGUACUGGUAGGCUGCAUCCACACUAACAGUUCCCUAAGACAUCUGCAGUGCUGCCUAGUAGAACUAGUAGGACUGACCUAGGACCUGUAGUAUACUGGACUACCCAUAGACGUCAACUGUACACUACUGGACGUGGACUGACUCGAAGUCAGCCCAGAGGAAUGGAUAAUACUCAUUACCACUGACCUUGAACCUGCUCACUACUACAUGGACCUGUUCUCUGGGUCCUUCAGGCAUGGACAGAACUGCUCACCUGCGCAGACAGGAAGUGCUUGUGUAGCCAUUUCAGAAACCGGCACAGCUCUGUGUUUACUGCCGCCAUUUUUUAUCUUAUCUACACCUCAAAAAUAUGAACAAUUCUGCUGUGGUCAGAAACAUGAAAUAAUGUCUUUAAAAUAAUCUUCUAAUAAUUCAUGUUUUGUUGUAAUGAAACAGAUUUUACUUUCCUUUCCGUUCCUCACUAUUGAGUAUUUUUAUGUUGUAGGUAGGGUGUUUCUUUGGGCUAAGGAUAGAAGUUGCCCCGAAUCACAGAUCUAAGAUCAUAUCUUAACCGUAUCCUCAACCAGGAGGGGGAUGAAAUAUCUGACCCUGUAUCAGUGGAUAGGGGAAACUGCUACCCCUUCUGUUUAUUGGGUUGUUUUGGGGUACAGAUAGUUCAGCCUGAUUGUAGCAUUGGCCCCUUGAUGACCCUUGUGUGUCAGACAGAGAUAUAUGCAACAUGGACAAGAAAGCAAUACAUGUCUGUAAUCGUGUGUGUGUUAAAGAAUGUUAUUUUAUUUUGUUCUUUAAAAAAAGAAAAUGUAAACACCUUUUCUCCCCAAUUUCGUGGUAUCCAAUUGGUAGUUACA